UAUAAGGGGAGUGAUGCAACCGAAGCGAGGAGCAGAGGAGCAGGGAGCGGCGAGAGCUGCUCUCCCCGGAGCGGAGGAGGAGGCGGCCGUCGCUGGCGGGACGGCAGCGCUGCGGGGAGGGUGCGGAGCCCUUUCCCUCGGCAGCAGCGGGAGGAAGCAAAAUGAUGGUCCAACACUCAGGCCAGGUAUCUGCAUUAGAAGUCAGCGCCUCCGCAAUUGUUCCCACUUUGUCCCCUGCAGGGUCACUGGGGUUUGAUGAUUUCACAAAUUUAACCCCACUGGUGAAAGAGGAACUGAGGUUCGCCAUUCAGAACAAGCGUCAGUCCCACAGGAUGUCUUCUACCUUGGACACGGUGACAGUUUCUGAAAGGCCAAUUGAAACAUCAAUCAUGAAAACAGAGUUUUCUCCUGAAGAGGAUGAAAGAAAAAAGAGAAGAAGGGAAAGGAAUAAAAUUGCUGCUGCAAAGUGCCGAAACAAAAAGAAGGAAAAAACAGAAUGUUUGCAGAAAGAAUCGGAAAAGCUGGAAACUAUCAAUGCAGAAUUAAAAGCCCAGAUUGAAGAGCUAAAGAAUGAGAAGCAGCAUUUGAUAUACAUGCUAAAUCUUCACAGGCCCACUUGUAUAGUUCGGGCACAAAACGGAAGGACACCUGAAGAUGAAAGGAAUCUUUUUAUUCAACAAAUCAAAGAAGGCACAUUACAAGGUUAAGUGGUAUGGCAAAUGUGGAAAUAUUUAUAGUGUUUUUAACAACUACCAGAAUCCAUGGAGGAUCUGACGUAAUGUGUAGGAUUCUAUUAGUCAAGAGCCUUUAGGAAGGGCAGAAUGCUUUCUUAAGCGGAAAGAAUCAUUUUGGCUUGACAGAGAUUGUUCCCCUUGGAAGAUCUGGUCUCAAUCAAACUGAAGAGUCUUCUGCCUCAAAUAUAGGUUUUGCACCUGCCAUACUUGCUGUUCCUAGGAGCUACAGACAACAGCUUCAGAAGUUUUAGCUCUCUGCUAGUACACAGUAUCUGCACUCACAAGGUUUGUGCUAGAACACUAGGACUCCCGAUGAUGCACGUGGUACCGACAGCUGUGCUGGAUGGACACUACAUUUCCUUGUCGCCGGUAGGGAAAGCAGACUGAGAGUAUUUUUAAAGUUUUGAAGUUUCCAGAAGGAUGGUUUCUGGCAGAAUGUCCCGAUACAAAAUGUUGCAUUCUAACCUAACACACACACAAAGUCCUUAGUUCCAACUAAGCUUUGUCUUUUUUUCUCACAACACUUGUGUGGGUUUUUUCUGUGACUCAUCUCAGAGACUGGAUUUGUAAACCUAGUAGAUGUGACAAAGAAAUGUUUUUUGCAAAACGUCCAUCUAACCAAGUUUGUAUUUCAUGAGAUGGAACCUCACCUACUACCCUUUGGAGACUACAAUUUUUCCUUGAAUUGCUCAAGAGCAGCUUGUACCACCACUUGGUGAUGUGGUGAACUGGACCUACCAGAAAGAGGAGGAUAACUGUGGAGGGAUAUCAAUACAGGUUUUGUCUGAGCAAAGAAUUGCAAGAUUGAAUCCCAGGCUCAUGAAUUAUGAAAAGGUGUUUGUUUUGUUUAAAAACCCAAACAUCUUGGAACUAAUCCUGCCAGCCUUAAUUCAUCCUAUUAACCCUCACUCCAUAAUGUCCAUGGACAUCAGUGGCCCUGCGUAUGCAGGUAGCUCUUACAGGCAUAAGAGCUUGACAAAGCUUGUGCCAUCCUGGUCAGGAUUACUUCCUUUUGCCAGAUGAUUCAGAGGGAAAACUUACGGUUGCAGCUACUUUUAUUUUACAUUUGAGAGGCAACUACAGUCAAAAGUGUUACUUAGAAUUGAAAGGAGGCAAGAGUUUUGAUGUAGUGAAUAACUGUUUUUAUUUUUUCAUUAAAUACUAACUUUAGAUGGUUUUGAACUGGUAGAAGAGCUGCUGGACAAAACAGUUGGAGCUAUGAGUGUUUAAAUUCUGAUGUUUCUGUGAAAUUCUCAGAUUGUUUAAUCCUAUAAAAGAUAACCUUACAAUUUUUUGUAAAAGAGAAUUUUAUCCUUAUUUAUCACUAAUAUCAUAAUGAGUAGAGUUAAUAAAUACUGUAAGCAAGAUAAAACUGAAAACACAAGUGUUGUGGUCUUUGUACCUUUAUCUCGUGGUGUUUAAUAUUAUAUAUUCCUAAACUUCACCAGUUGGAUUUGAGACACCACUAUUGAAAACACUUCAUCUUUUCCACAGAUGAGGCACUGAGUACCUUGAACAAUUGGGUUCAGAGAUUAUACCUUCCAAAAUUCUGUACCUCAAUCAGUGGUGUCUGGCUGCUCAAUGUCACAGCUUAAGUGAAGCAGACAAUAAGAAUGGAGCUUACAGUACAUAAUAUUUUACACCAGUUCUACAGUGUUGAAAUUGUGGUUUUGUUCUAAAGGCUAAACUUAAAGAUACCUCAGCCAUAAGCUUCUUACCCUACAAGUCCCACAUGAGUUUAUCAGAUAUCAUACUUGAUCCUUAUAUGAUUGUUAUAUUCUGCAACAGAACUUCUUAGUACAUUUUCCUAAGGUCUGGAUAUAUUGUAAUGUCCUGUAUCAUGUUUUAAAGACAUGUACUUCAUGUAUCUGAAAAGUGAAUGUAUUACGAAGUUGAUGUACUAGGCCCAAUUCUGUUCUGAGAAUCCAUUGUCUUUCUGUGUGUUGGAAGGAGCUUCCCUGGGCUUCAUUGAGAGUUUUAUUCAUGCCCUGCAGGCAGAGUUGGGGGCUUCUGCUGCGACCUCCCUGGCUGAGAGGGCGAGUUCCAUGUAGAACUGGGCCAGCUGUUUUUCAGAGAAUGGAUAUACAUGAAGUGUGUUACAAUAAACUCAUCAAACCCUGUUCACUGGUAUUUGACUUCUGUAAUGUGGAAAUACAAAACCGAGGCAUCAUCCCACUGUCAUACACCUCGGCUUUGCCUUUUGCGCAUCAAAUACCAGCAGACAAAACUGUUUGUCUCCUUUACUGUUAUAUAGUGUUAACACAGAGACUAGAAUAUGACAGAAUUCAUGUGUCUCCCUUAGGGAAUUUGUAUGGUUGCUUUUAACCAUAUCACUGGUGACGCAGGCGUCAUGCUUUUGUUGCUUGGUGUUAUUUACUUAGCAUGCCAAAUGGUAACAUGGUACCACUACUAUUGUCAAGAGGAUAAUCUAUUUUUAUUUCUUUAUAUGUGCAGUCAUAGCUGCUUUCUACUGCUUGUAUGUGUGUGUGUGUGCAUGCGUGCUCCUGCACGCUACUCUAGAAAUGAUGGUACUCAAGGUCAUUCGGCUGUGCCCAGAAAAAAAGGAUGUUUAAAACAGCUGGACAGAAGCAGUAUGUUGCAUGAGUUUUCUAAAGGUAUACUUUAUUCAGGAGAACUUUUGAAAUGCAUUAAAAGCAGUUUGUUUUCUAUUCUCAAGUUUGUUUUGAUACUUUAAUAAAAAAUUAUUAAUAUAUAUUUA